GAUUUAGAGUGGUUUUUCUCCUUGCAAGAAGCAGUCGUCAGUCUCACAGCCCAGCAGCAGAAAGUGUCCCAAAGUUCCCCCUUUUGCAGAGUGUUUGAAAAAGCUCCAGAAAAGCGGAAUAGCGCGUGUGCCUGCGGUGUGCGUUUCGUUUGCCGUUCGUUAUUUCGGUCCCUCUGGUGUGGAGAACUAGCCAAGAAGCCGGAAACUUGAUCCUCAAGUGUUCCAGGGGUGCGCCGCGCGAGUUCGACGAAGUUCCGUUUUCAGUUUUCUUCCUCCGCGCGUUCAGUUUUUUCGGCGUUUUCCAUCCGACGACGACGAGAAGAAAAGGAGUAGAAAGAGAGCGAGAGCAGCAAUUUUGCGCUGAAAGAGAAAGAAGGCGAAGAAGAAGAAGCCAAAUCGUUGGUGGUGUGCUGCAGAAAGCAGCCAGUAGUACGGAAUAUAAAGGAAAAGCCGGAAGCCUUCUUUGGAUUCGUUGCAACGGUGUGGAUUAUUCGCUUCUUUCGGUGAAGAAAAAAUUGUCGGGAGUGUGUGCCGCGAGUGGCGUGUGAGUGAGCAAAGUUUGCGGAUUUCGGUUUUUUCCUUGCGUGGACCUUAGCCGGAAAUUUCAACAGAUUCUUCCAACAUGUCGGAACGCGAGAACAACAUCUACAAGGCCAAGCUGGCCGAACAGGCGGAGCGAUAUGACGAAAUGGUGGAAGCAAUGAAGAAGGUCGCUUCCAUGGACGUCGAGCUCACAGUCGAGGAGAGGAAUCUCCUGUCGGUCGCGUACAAGAAUGUCAUCGGUGCACGACGUGCCUCCUGGCGGAUAAUCUCCUCCAUCGAACAGAAGGAAGAGAACAAGGGCAUCGAAGAGAAGCUGGAGAUGAUCAAAAACUACCGCUCACAGGUGGAGAAGGAACUGCGCGACAUCUGUUCCGACAUCCUGGAAGUGCUCGACAAGCAUCUGAUCCCGUGCGCGACGACCGGCGAGAGCAAGGUGUUCUACUACAAAAUGAAGGGCGAUUACCACCGCUAUCUGGCCGAGUUCGCCACCGGUACCGACCGCAAGGACGCCGCCGAAAACUCCCUGGUCGCGUACAAGGCCGCCAGUGACAUCGCAAUGACUGACCUUCCCCCAACGCACCCAAUCCGGCUGGGACUGGCACUCAACUUCUCAGUAUUCUACUACGAAAUCCUGAACUCGCCGGACCGUGCCUGCCGCCUAGCGAAAGCAGCAUUCGACGAUGCAAUCGCCGAGCUCGACACCCUCAGCGAGGAAAGCUACAAAGAUUCUACGCUAAUCAUGCAGCUGCUGCGGGACAACCUUACAUUAUGGACAUCCGAUAUGCAGGGUGACGGUGACGGCGGUGAACAGAGGGAACAAGUUGUUCAGGACGUCGAAGACCAGGACGUGUCGUAAUUUGUUACACGACUCGUUUUAUGUGUGAAUUUAUUUUAUUAAUUAAAGAAAAUAAGAUUAAGCAUUAUUAAAUAAGCUAUACAUAAGAAAACAACAACAAAGAAAAAAAGGAAGAAAAAUACUACAUACACACACACCCCGACACAACACAACAGAGGAAACAGGACACAACGCGGCAAGUCACACCACAAAACCGGAGAGAGAACAAAAGCGCGAAGAGCGAGAGAGUGAAACAAAAGCAGAACAAUGUCGAAAUCUUACUUACAGAUUAUCCUCGAAUGGGAAAAAAAAAAUAUUUCGAUGCAGUAAAACAGUUUCUUAGAAAACACAGCAGCAUUAAGAAGAACGAGAACGUCUAACCCCGUCACUCAUCCUCUUUGGCAAACAUCUGGAACAGUUGGAUUGAGAUGAGCAAAAGUUCAAAUUGGAUACACACUUGCACACAACUACACAAACACAUAAAUACUUACUACUACUACAUCAAAAGUAAAAAAAAGCAGCGUAUUAGAGCAUAUUGAUUACUACAACUACUACUAGUAAAAAGCUAAACAAAAAAAAAACAAAUUCAGCUGAGUGGUGUAAAAA